AUGCUAGCUCGUCGUUAUGAUAAAACUGGCAAACGUCGUCGCUCGGUAAAGUUCGUGAUCGCUGAAUCGAAACUUGAAGCUGAGUACAUUCGACGAUUCUUGGGACAACUCAGUCCGCUUGAAGAGUCCCGCCUCUGCGAACUCAAGUACGGUCUGCAAGCACACCACAAGGGCAAACUACCGAAUGAUGCGCAUUUACUACGAUUUUUGCGCGCAAGGGAUUUCGAUGUCGCGAAGGCGAAAGACAUGGUCUAUAAUAGCAUCAUCUGGAGAAAACAGCACAAUGUGGACCGAAUUCUACAGGAGUGGAGUCCACCGCCGGUUAUGAUGCAGUUUUUCCCAGGAUGUUGGCACCAUUGUGAUAAGGAGGGACGACCGUUGUAUCUGCUUCGGCUUGGAAAUCUGGACACGAAAGGUCUUUUGCGAUCAUGUGGACUGGAGAACAUCGUCAAAUUGACGCUGUCUGUUUGCGAAGAGGGUUUGAUAAAGACGGCUGAAGCCACUAAGCAGAUUGGAGCACCGAUAAGGCUAGUGAGAAUUGUGAAAUUUCACCAAAAUGAUAGAAUGCGGGACUUUUCCAUGGGGUUGCUACAUCUGCAAGAACAGGAAGCACAGACAACGCUUUUUGCUAAAAACUCGAUGAUGCCGUAUCUUCGUGGCUUCCGCGCUUCAUCUUCCGUUAGUGUGUGUCUGCUCAAGAAGUCAAAUAGGGAAAUCGGCCUCGAAGUUAUCCGUAAUGUAGGGAGCUCUUAA